UUUAGGUCAGUAUUAUUCAUUUUUUAUUCUUGCAUUAUUUUUUUAUUGUUUCAUACACAAAAUGUUUUAGAUCUAUUUCUUUCGCUAUCGUUCUGGGACUCUAGCCUCAAGCACUUGCCUAAGUGUAAGCUUGGUGUUGUUUUAAGCCUCAUUUAUCGAGGUUUCCCUGUGGUGUAAAUAAGCAGGUUGUAUCUCGUGUAAAUAGUGUCGCCUUUAUUUUGUCUUACUGGACGCUCUACCUAGGGCUCGCUACUUUAGUAUUUGCCGCAACUGGUUGAGUGCUUGAGACAUCUCGAGGUUAUAAAGGCAACUAUGUGGGGGAAGAACCAGGCAAUAGCCGUGUGAGUAGGACUGACUUGCCCAAUUAGAGUUUUUCAGGUCUGACCUUGUCCCCCUCCCCCUGGGGACUAGUGCUCCAUGAGGCUACUGUCGAGCCGAUGGUUACGUAGGAUGUUGUCAUGGCGACGAUUCGUACUAUGUACCGCCCCUCUGUCAAUCAUUGCCCUUAUGACGUCAGGCGUGCUCCUUCAGAUUUGGACCAAAAAUCACACCACAUUGGCAGAGGUUUCCAAGAAACACGUUUUCAAGGACGCGUACGGCAACGUCAUACAAGUUCAUGGAAAUUUGAUCGAGCUCGCUAAAGAUUAUGGGGAAAUGAGCAAAAAGGCCGCACAUAAAAGGCUUUAUUCGCACUCGACACGGAGGAAAAAGCGACGGAAAUCGCAACUUAAAUCAUCUAAAGUUCAUAGCACUACUAUGCCUCGUGAUAACAAGAAAAUCGUGCUUCCGAAAAGAACGCUCCAGAACAGCGAAGGGUCACGUGAUACAAGGGAGCCAAUCGAGUUCCCGAGCUUGAACGAAGUAUUCUCGGAAUCCGAGCGCGCAAAGGCCACUGGGACAGGUUUGUGCGGGAAGCGCUGGCAGAAAGAGUAUGUGAAUUUACACAAGAGGAUCCUUAGCGGCAAAGCGCCAAGGAAAUUUCUUGUUUAUUCGUGCAAAGGCGAAGGAUACGGGUGUGCGGGGUAUGGAAACCGUCUGGGAGGAAUCACUACGUUAUUUCUUCUUGCUGUUCUCACGAAAAGAGCGUUUCUAAUCGAUUGGGAUUACUCCCAACCCCUGGCAUUGAGGAACUUUUUCCGUCCCGCUAAGAUAAAGUGGGACUAUUCAAUAGCAAACCUAGAUGGUCUUAGCUCGCGGACACAUUACUGGGGAAAAGGGUUCCCUAAGAAUCUUCACAACACUUCGGUAGAGCGACCAGGAAAUCUCUACCCGGAGUUUUAUUAUUGGUUCAAGAAAAUUGACCUAGAAAAAUAUUUUGAAUUUCCUGUCGAACGGAUAACCGCUGUAUGGAAUUUCGCGCACGCUAUUUGGGCAAACCCUUUUUUGGAAGAAAAAGCCGCAGAAGUCGGUCUAGUUCUACCAAACCCGAGAUACUCAAUGGUCGGUUGUGUCUACGAUCUGCUAUUCCGAACAACGCCCGAGUUUGAAAACCGGCUGAACUACGCCCGAGAGCUCAUCGAUCGGCGAGGUAAUUCCCCCGUGAUUGGACUACAUGUUCGUAUGGGCGACUCGGCGUUCGGUCGGAGAAACAAAUACAAUACCCAAGACUUUAAGAGCUUCUUCUCGUGCGCACAUUCAGUCCAGAGAAGAAUCUGUGCUGAGUACCCACUCAUAAAUGCUUCCGAUAUUCGCUGGUUUCUCGCGACAGAUUCUUCCGCCGUAAAGGGUUACGCGCGUCGGGAAUUCCCCGGGAAAGUCGUGACUCUAGAUAUGGUCCCCGAACACAUCGGAAUAUUCCAGCGGCAGAGGCAGCCUUCGGUAGAGGGGAUGUACGGGGUACUUUUGGAUCAUUUCUUACUCUCGGAGUGCCAUUAUCUCAUCUUAUCCAGCAGCUCUUUCGGAACUACUGCCCUUGGUCGCACCUACCACGCGCCCGGCUCGUACACUUACGGCGAGAAAUGCGGGGCUCCUGUCAGCGGUAGAUAACACAGGCUUACCACGCGCCCGGCUCGUACACUUACGGCGAGAAAUGCGGGGCUCCUGUCAGCGGUAGAUAACACAGGCUUACCACGCGCCCGGCUCGUACACUUACGGCGAGAAAUGCGGGGCUCCUGUCAGCGGUAGAUAACACAGGCUUACCACGCGCCCGGCUCGUACACUUACGGCGAGAAAUGCGGGGCUCCUGUCAGCGGUAGAUAACACAGGCUUACCACGCGCCCGGCUCGUACACUUACGGCGAGAAAUGCGGGGCUCCUGUCAGCGGUAGAUAACACAGGCUUACCACGCGCCCGGCUCGUACACUUACGGCGAGAAAUGCGGGGCACCUGUCAGCGGUAGAUAACACAGGCUUACCACGCGCCCGGCUCGUACACUUACGGCGAGAAAUGCGGGGCUCCUGUCAGCGGUAGAUAACACAGGCUUACCACGCGCCCGGCUCGUACACUUACGGCGAGAAAUGCGGGGCUCCUGUCAGCGGUAGAUAACACAGGCUUACCACGCGCCCGGCUCGUACACUUACGGCGAGAAAUGCGGGGCUCCUGUCAGCGGUAGAUAACACAGGCUUACCACGCGCCCGGCUCGUACACUUACGGCGAGAAAUGCGGGGCACCUGUCAGCGGUAGAUAACACAGGCUUACCACGCGCCCGGCUCGUACACUUACGGCGAGAAAUGCGGGGCUCCUGUCAGCGGUAGAUAACACAGGCUUACCACGCGCCCGGCUCGUACACUUACGGCGGGGGAGAUGCAAGGACUUGUUUAGUAAAGUUUGGGGUAGAUGUACACUGUGAAACUUCGUCUUAUUUAUUGGUUUGUCGUAUAUACCUGUAUACGAAUUAUUCAGGGGCGUAUACAUUAAAAGUCGUGUAUUGAGAA